CUCGCCUGAAAAUCCCGCGCAAUUUUUAGACGCCAUAACCGUUGCUUCUAACUGAUUUUAUUUUAUUUUUUAUUUUCUGGUAAUUGAAAAAGUCGCUUUCCUUUUGGAAUUUCGUCAUUCAUGAUGCCUCACGUGAUUCAGCGAUGAGCGGAGCGAGAGAUGCUUGGAUUUUGGUGUUAGUGUGACGGAGUCUUUGUUCGAAGCAUCAGAGGAAGAAGCAGAGACCUGAAAGACCGCCAUGGAAGCUCUUCUCAGUCUACCUCCUUCAUUCCCUUCAGUCUCUUCGGUUUGCAGCAACAAACCCAGGAACUUGACUCACUGCCAUGUCCAAACAAUUUUCAAUGUCCCUGCGAAAUGUCGCGGGAUUCGGAUUGAAGUAAGCAAACGUUUGAUCGCGAAAGCUUUACUGGACCCUGCCAUAAUCGACCAAUUAGGGCUUUCGGAAUCUGAUAUCCGCAACCCGACUGUUUCUUCUUCGUAUAGGAGCUCGAACUUGCCGAAGCCAAACCAGACUGUGUUGGAAGCUCAGGCUAGGGUUUGCACAGGACCCACUCAAACCAGACCGCUCAGCGAAGACCAGGCUCUAAAGGUGUUGGACACCAUUUUAAGAUCAGCCAGGGGAGAACUGAAAGAUGAGGAAAAAGUUUCCGAUUCACAGCUCGGGGCAUUUUUCGCCGGGAUGACGAUUCGUGCAAAUGCUUUUCCAGAAGCAACACAAUGGAGUGAAGGGGAAAGGCGUGCUAUGAACAAAUUUUGGCCGCUUUUGGUUCGUGCACUUCCUUCAGAUGUCAUAUUCAUAGCGGACCCUGAAGGCUCUAUAAUGGGUGUUGGAAGUUCGAUCGGGCCGCAAUUUGUUGGCAGUGGUAGUAGUGAAAUGAGAUUGGUUGGUGCUCUGAGAGAAGUGUUGGCUGGAGGCCAUCUUGGUUAUGAGGAAGUUCAAGGUGUUUUGAGAGAGGUUCUUCCACUGAAAAUGGGAGAUUCAUCAUCAUCAUCAUCAUCCAGAGGAGUAAGUGAAUCAUUGCUUUCGGCAUUUUUAAUAGGUCAGCGUAUGAACAGAGAAACAGAUCGAGAGUUAAAAGCAUACUGCCUUGCAUUUGAUGAUGAACUUGGUCCUUCCCCAGUUGCUGAUGUUAGAUCGUUGACUCAUUAUGGUGAACCUUAUGAUGGAAAUACGCGUUUCUUUAGGAGCACAUUGUUUGUUGCUGCAGUUAGAUCCUGUUAUGGUGAAUCUUGCUUGCUUCAUGGUGUAGAUUGGAUGCCACCUAAGGGAGGUAUAACUGAAGAACAGAUGCUCAAGUUUAUGGGAGCAAGUACAACUUUAUCCCCUUUGCAGGCAAAACAGCUUAUUGAGGAUGAAGAGGUUGGUUUUGCAUACAUAAGUCAGCGUGAAGCUCAGCCAUCUCUAUAUUCAUUGAUUAGCUUGAGGGAACAUAUAAAAAAACGCCCCCCACUGGCUACCAGUGAAAAGGUUCAGCAGUUUGUGAGGGCACGGGGAAAGGAAUCAGUUGUGGCCGGAUUUUAUCAUGAAGGUUAUGAGGAGCCAUUGCUAAUGCUUAUGAAAAGAAGAGGUGUACAUUCCGGUUUGGUGGUGAAGGGUGAGGAAGGGGCCCUUUCAAUGACUACAAGAUUGCGAUCAAUAAACGCAUCAAAAGGACUUCCUGUAAACUAUUGUUCUGGGUUCCGCUCACUGAGCAUGGCAUUAGCUUCUGAAGUUGAUGGGGUGUCACGUGAAAAUUUUAGUCUGAAGGUAAAUGCCGAGGACUAUGGUUUUGAACCCACUGAUACUCCAAGAACUGAUAGAUCGGUUGUGAAGAACAUCGAGUUGGGUCUAGCUGCUCUUCAUGGCGAAAAAGGACCAGCUUAUGAUCGAAUUGUUUUAAAUGCUGGAAUGGUGGAUCACUUACUGGGAUGUGAUGGUGCAGAAGACGUAUCCGUUGCCCUGGAUAGAGCCAGAGAGGCCAUUGACAGUGGCAAGGCUCUUAAAAGGCUCCUGAAUUACAUAAAGAACUCACAAAAAUUUAAACAAAAUAGGUGCAUGUAGUCUUCACUUUGUUGAUAUUGUUAUUUUGGUGUGCAAGUGUUGAAAGUUUAUGUGAUAUACAAAUGAGUCACCUCAUUAUAAAGCAGGGUAGGGAAUUAAAUGAGGCUUUUUUUUUCCUUCUCUUUUUUCCCACACACAUGCUCUUUUUUUUGGCUCUCCAACUGGUCGGCUAUUUGUGUUGUUUCAUUCAUUUAUCUUCGUUUAAUGUGUAAUCUAAUCAUCGAUUUUGUUUGUAACAAUGAAGUAUCACCUAAUAUUAAACAAACCCUGCUGCAAAAGGAUAUUUUGGUA